CUUGGUGGUGGUUACGUGACGGUGCUUUUAAACCCUUCGCCUGUUAAUGAUAAAUUACAUAAAGUUAUCACCGCUGGAGGUGCGUGAGGCGGUGCACCAUCAUCAUCAUCAUCAGCAGCAGCAGCAGCAGCAGUCAGUGGCCCCGCAGCAGCAAGAAGUUGGCAGUGUCUCGUCACUUGUUGUUGUGUUAUCAUGGUCCGCGUGUCCGCCUGUGCCACGCCCCUCAGGCGCCUGCUGCUGACCUGUUCUGGCACCAGGGCCACUGCGGGAGGCAUCAGGGCCCUGGGAACGUCCCUCGUGAAAAAUGAUGAGGCUACUCCGUACCGCCCCUCCACUGUGGUUGCCCCCAACAUGAUGGACAUUGGGGUCCGGACAAUCUUCAAUGAAGACCACGACAUCUUCCGAAAGUCAGUCCGAAAGUUCUUCACAGAUGAAGUGCUGAAGUACCACAAGCACUGGGAGAAGGAUGGGAACAUCUCCCGGGAGUGCUGGCUGAAGGCAGGGGAGCAAGGAUUGCUGGGCACAGACACUCCUGCAGAACACGGAGGCAUUGGGGGAGACUUCAAGGAUGCAGCAAUCAUCAUGGAGGAACAGUCCUAUGUGAAUUGUUCAGGGCCUGGGUUUCCACUGCACUCCCAGAUUGUCAUGCCAUACAUCACCCAUUAUGGCUCUCCAGAACAGAUUGAGAAGUUCAUCCCUGACAUGGCUGCUGGUAAAAAGAUUGGGGCCAUCGCCAUGACAGAGCCGGAUGCUGGCAGUGACCUGCAGGGGAUCCGCACCAAUGCCCGCCAGGAUGGUGAUGACUGGAUCCUGAACGGUUCCAAGAUUUACAUCACUAAUGGCUACAUGAGUGACGUGGUGAUUGUGGUGGCCAUCACAGACUCCUCGGCCAAAAGCAAGGCUCAUGGCAUCUCCCUCUUCCUGGUGGAGGAGGGCAUGCCGGGCUUCAAGAAAGGACGCAAGCUGGACAAGAUGGGCAUGAGCGCUCAGGACACAGCAGAACUGUUCUUUGAGGACGUUCGCCUGCCCCCCUCGGCUCUGCUAGGGAAGCCCAACCAAGGCUUCUUCUACCUGAUGAAGGAAUUGCCUCAGGAGCGGCUUCUAAUUGGGAUCAUGUCCUGUGCAAACUGUGAGUGGCAGCUGGAGGAGACAAGGGAAUACUUGCGUAACAGGAAGGCUUUUGGCAAGACCCUGUCUAACCUACAGACAAUUCGACACAAAAUGGCAGAACUGAAAACAGAAAUUUGUGUGAGUCGAGCAUUUACUGACCAGUGUAUUCAAGAACACUCAAUGAAGAAGUUGGGAGAUGAGGGGGCAUCCAUGUGCAAAUACUGGAUGUCCGACCUGCAGAACAGGGUAGCAGGCCAUUGUGUGCAGCUGUUUGGUGGUUGUGGCUACAUGACAGAGUACCCCAUCAGCAAGGCCUAUGUGGAUGCCAAGGUGCAGACCAUUUAUGGCGGCUCCAAUGAAAUCAUGAAGGAGCUCAUUGCUCGCUGCAUUUUCCGGUAGUGUUUCUGUGACGAUGAUGAUGAGGAUGAUGGAAGGUGAUGCCAAGAGGCACAGCUUUAGUACUCAUGUUUUUUUCUGUUUAGGUUUCUGACACUUGCUGUUACUAUACUGUGGCUUCUUUUCCUGUAAUAUCUGCUGUGUUCAGUCUUAUGCAUUGAUGCAGUGUACUCUGUUCCUCUGCACUCUCAAUUUAUGAUUUACUUCUGACUGUAUGUAAUAACACUACGUAACACAAUUUUUGUCUUUGACAAGUAAGUGUUAUUUUCUCUUUCCAUUGGAAAACAAUAGAAAAUGUCCAUUAUUCCUGUCAAACUUUGCUUUUGUGGCUUCUAGAAUGAUUUUUUGCCUCAAAAUAACUAAAUUUCACCAUUUUUCCAAAUGCUGUCACAGAUGAUGAAUUGACCACAUGUGUAGCAGAAUACAUCUGGAGAAUGAUUGCAGCCUCUUGAUGCCAUUUCACCUCUUGUGAUGUGUCUUCUCAGGCAGCUAAAGCAAAACUGAUUGGUGGUCUGCAAAACCCUACUUUUAUAUUGUCAAGCAGUACUCUAGAAUAUUCUUAGUCUUUCUAGAACGUGUUCCAGAAUGUUCUCAAUCUUUCUAGAAUAUUCUUGAACCUACUUAAGAAUAUUCUGAAUCACUAGAAAAGUCUUGUAGAUUCUAGAAAAUUCUUGAUACUUCUACAUAUUUCUACUGUAUUCUAGAAAAUUCUAGAAUAUUUUGGAAAUGUUUACAUUGAAUAGAAUGUUCUCAAAUGUUCUAGAAACUUCUAAGAGUGUCUGGUAGAAGAUGUGAAAAGAUUCCUGAAAUGUAACCAAAUUCUUCUAAAUAUGAGAAAUUUCUUGCUAGAUCUGGUCAGUUCAAGAAUGAUCUUAUUAAAAUUAAAAAAAUCUAAAAGAACAUUUUAUAUUCUUCGUUGCAUUGUAUUAACUUAUUUGCAACAUUUCAAAAGCAAUUAUAAGCAAUUGAGAUUUUGCAAAGGUCUUUACCUGACAUGAAAACCAUUAGUAACCCAUACUAUAAUGAAAUAAGGCAAAAAUGUAAAUUCAAAAGCAAAGUUUUAGGAUCAAAAUAACUUUUUUCUAUUUUGUUUAGAUGGAAAUAACUGAAAAAUUAUGGUUUGGGGCCAAGGACAAGACAAAACUGGAAUUUUGUUACAUAGCGUACUUUCAUAACUUACGUUGAAUUCCAUCUGUUCUCAAUCCUUAGUAUUCCUGCUCUCUGUCAUCAGAUGGAUGGUACAGUUUUACUUUGUAUUUGGAUCCUUGUUGAAAGUUAUUAUACAAACUUUCCUCCUUUUGUCUUAUCUUUAUCUAUCCAUCUGUCUAUCUUGUUUUCAUCUUAUUGUCACCUCCUGUACUCUAAUCCCCCCCCCCCCCCCUGCCUUUACUCUUGCUGCUGGAAGUCAUCCUAGGAUCUAAUGGCAACACACAAGUGACCUGCCUUUGGUACUGUGCUGCUCCACACCAGCAUCACAAAGGUUAUGCAGUGUCAUAAAGCAAUGCAAGUAAUGAAGUAUUGUAUGAGAUAGAUUUCAUUUGAAUUUGUACAGCAGUGUAAAUAUGGGUGAUGGAUUGUAAAAUUCAUUUGGUUGAUUCUCUCAUAGUAAUAGUAUGAAUGCAAUGAAGGAAGUGAUGAUAAUAUAUAAUAUAGUUACAGUGUAUUCUUCACUGGAAAUAUUUUUGUAAAAUAUGAACUUAAGAAAUGUUUCAGCACAAUGCAAUUAGAUAUAAACCCUUCAAAGCAUUUGUUUGAAAUAAUGCUACCAAGAAUUUUGGAAUGUAGAAUUGGUCUCAUUACAGUGAAAGUUAGUU